AUGCUGCGCAACUACGGAAGCAAUCGACCCGGACAGAAGAACCAUGAUGUUCAGUUGGACAAACAUGGCCAGCCAACGGUCUACAAAGCCAAUGCUAAGCCCCUCAGUGGCGAUAUCCUUGCAGGAUGUCUUAUCCUGAGCUUGAAGUUGAGAAAGCAAUUUGCAAGGUUUAUGGUCCCAACAGAGUCCCGAACUGAGCGAGGAAAGAAAGCAAAUCCCAAAGAAGGCUCUGCUGUCAAGAUAGGACGACAAGAUGUUUUGAUGUGCCGUAGGCCUCGAGAAAACCCGAUGGUUGAUCUUGACCUGCAGUCUCUUUUCCAAUGGGCCGCUGGUGCCAUCAAGCUCGAGUCCACCAGGGCCUGGUGCACAGAGCAGGAGUAA